AUGAGCAGGCCUCCAGCAACAUCCCGCAAGGUCGGGCGCGCUGUGGUGCUACUGGCACUGUUCUGGGUGUCUCUGCCAGAGCCUAAGACCAGUGCUUUGAACAGUGUUAGAGGGUUUCCCGAGCAGCCUCAGGCGAGCAACGCAGACGGCGUGGGCUUUGCUUGGAGCGGGGGCCGUGCCGUUCCCAAGGCUGGCCGUGGUGAGGCCCAAGACAGUGAAGACGUCAAGGGGCCUCUGCAACCUCGUGAAGACGAAGAUAAGGCCACCCCAGAAACGGAUGACGUAGCAGAAGCGACGGCCGAGGCCACAGCAAGCUUCGAUCAGGGUUCGCGAAACAAGGCAGUGGAUGAGGCUGCCUCAGCACAGACCGCUGACCCGGUUGAAGAUGCCAAGCAGGACGAGCAGCUGCAGCAGACGGUUCAGGAGACAAAGGAGAUCAAGGAGGACAAAGGCUUCGACAAAUCCACCGAGAAGGACACCUUCUCACAGAAACGUUUCGACAUGGCUGUGAAGAAAUGGGACCGAGCCCAGAAGGAUCUGGACGGAGCCCGGGAAGAUCGGGACUUUGCGCGCCAAUGGCUUCGAGAAGCCGUGCAGAACGGCAACGAAAAGGAGCGCAAGGAGGCCAGGGAGGCGUUCAAAGAGGCCGAGGAGGCGUUCGAAAAGGCCGAGUCGAAGGUUGAAACGGCCAAGGAGGAGGCCGAAAAGGCCAAUGAGGAGCUCGAGAAAGCCAAAUCAACAGCACCCCUUCAGGUGCCUGAUGCACAAAAGGCCAUCCAGGACAUCCUUUGCCCAAGCUGGACUGUGCGCUCUCCCAGUGCGAUGAUGCCACGGCUCAUCGCGCGCGAGGAGGCCAAACAUCAAAUCCUGGAGUACAUCCGGGGGUCCUUGUCACAGGAUGACUACUACUGGGAGUCCGGGUCAAGCAUAAACAAGUGUGCAAUCCUGACGACGGCCGGAAUAAAGGGCACAGGCAAAACUCGAGUACUUCACGAGAUGUGCACGACCUGGCGGGACGAAACCGGGGCGAAGGCGGCUCUGACAGUGGACUUCAAUGGGGGGAGCUAUUGGGACAACAGCAAAGCUGCAACCGAAGUGUUUUCAAAGCUACUCCUUCAGCAGUCAGGCAUGCCUGCGGAGAAAGCAGAAAACUGCGCGGCCGUUCUUUCAUUCAAGCAGGUGAUGCAGUGUUUGCGAGAGAAGCUGAAUUUGGGCGCCGACGACCUUCUGCUGGUAGGCAUCGAUGAGAUUCGGCAGUUCGACACCCUUGCUGGCAAAGACAGGGCUGUGCAACUAGUAUCCAACCUCAUGGGAGCCCAGGACGAGUCCCUCCUCCAAACAAGCAACUGCCCGGUAAUCUUCGUGUGGACAUCGCUGCUUGAGAGCUACAUGUCGACGCUGAUGAGCGACUCCGGGCGCUAUGUGCUGCUGCCGAUCUCGUUGAGGGGUUUGCCACUUGCAGAGGCUUUGCAGCUGCUGCCCGAGGAGCUUCGCGAAGAACUGGACAAAGAACCAUCCGGACGUCAACUCGUGCGACAGCUGCUGGGUCAUCCGCGGCUGAUGUUCGAUGCUUUGAGAAAGGAGUACUCCAAGCUCAAGAAGCCUCCUCGGAAUCCACUUGCAUGGAAUCAACUUCAGCUUGCCAUUGUAACUCGUGCCAAGCUCGGAGACCGAAAAGUCUUGGACAGCGUCGAGGUGAUUCACUGGUGGUCUCCUCUCGCUUCCACAACUCGAUCAGUGCUUGAAGACCUCCGUCUGCGUGGUAUUGUUCAUUCCGUGCGAUGUGGCAACAGCUUCAUCAACAUCCUUCAUCCCGUAGUGCUGCAACUUUGGGCACGGAGUGACGGAACCAGUCUCGCAGGCCAGAUCAUCGAGAUGUUCGAGCAGGAUGCGGUCAUGGAGGACACAAACGAGAAGAAGUUUGAGGACAUCAUGGUCCACUUCGACUGUGCUGUGCGCCUGGCGUUGGGCAAGAGCAAAUGCACACUCGAACAGCUGUUCCAUGGGGCGAGCUUUCGACCAACAACAAGUGGUUUGCAGAACGUCGUCGUCACCUCCAUGCAGAAUGCUCUUGCACCGUUGGAGUAUGUCAAGUCUUUCGUAUGUUCAGAGGAAGUCCUGCAGUCCCUCAAAAGCGGUAAGAUCGUCGUGUCCAAGCUGCGCAACGAGCCGGGCAUCGAGUACCUGAUCCCGUGGAUGGUCCCGGAUCCCGACGACCGAAGGAAAAUUCGUGACUUGAAGUCGGAGUGCAAUAAGACAGAGGCAGCUUCUCUCCUCGUUCUUGGCAUCCAGACGAAAUGUGUCAGCGAAUAUGUCCCAAGCUGGCCCAGCGUUACAAAGAAAGCAGAGGAUGCGCUGGCUGUCUUCCAAAACCACCCGGACGUUCUUGGAGCCCUGCCCGUCUUCUACACCACCGAGGUCCGGCUUGAUACCCCCAAUCUCGAGAUUCCCAGCAUUUACUUCAGCGAAACGGGGCUCGCUGAGCUAAUGUUGGAGCGGACCGGUCCACUGCGGCUGUUCUUCGAGAAGCCCGGCGAUCCGCUCAAGAAGAUGCUUCCGGACUUUUUCGAGCAAAAGAAGUGUUGCGUGCGAGAGCUCUGGUCUUGA